CUCUCCUCCACCGUCUCUCGACUUAUCUACAGCCUCGCAUUCCUUUAUCUCUGAUUUACGUCAACACGCCCUACAAGCCCUUUUCCGAUUCCUCUCCAAUCAGUCCCCCGUCAUGGCCGCCUUGGCGCCAAGUUCCCUUUCCCCAGUAGAUCCCGCGGGAGUUUUGCCAACCCAUGUGCUUGAUCAUCGCAUAGUUACAACCGACUGUUGCAGGCAGCGUCCCAAAAAAAACUUUCUAGGCCUUAUUCCCUCGGAUACCUCGCAUCUAGAGCAAAGGAUAUCCGUUCCGGGAAUGGUCCGUGUGGGAUGUCCAGGUCCCAGUACCCAGGCCGCCGGGCUGCCACGAGGGAAGGCCUUCAUGGUACUCCACGCGAUAACGAUUUUACCGUUGCAGAAGAACGUCAAAUUUGUGCAAUUAUCGGGCCAGGGAACGUAGCCAAGAUUAUUGGCAUCAUAGUUUGCUCGGAAUGGUAGUGCUCGCUGACUCCUACUGCCGAUGAUCUGGAUGAUUGCCUGGCAAGACAAUAAUUGUUCGUAUCUAUGGACCUAUGUCAGCGAUCCUGUCAGAG